AUGUUGGCAGUACCUUCCUCUACAGCACAACGACGGAAAUCAAAGGCCGCAUGGCAAGUAUCCCAGUCAAACAACAACAACAACAACAAGAGCAACCCGUACGCGGACAACAAGUCAGUAGUUUCCUUUGGAGACGAUGACGACGAGCCGGACUAUCUUAGUGUCAUGGGAGGUGGUCAAAGUCAGUACGGACAAAAGGCUGGUGGUGGGUAUGCACCCAGUAUUGUCUCCAAGAAGACCAAUAGGAGAAUGAGUAUCCAUAUGUCUGCUAUGUCACAAGCCAGAGGCAAAGGAGUCUUUGAUGGAUCUAAUUUACCUCCUGUGCCCAAUAUUGCUAUUGAUGGGGCACUGAUUGUAUCAAACAAUGAUGUUGAACAUCGGAUUACUAGAGAUUUGGCCAAUGCCACAGCCACAGAGAUAGAUGAUUAUUAUAGAUCUUUGAUUCAGCAAAGGAACUUGGUUGAUCGUCAAAUCAAGCUGAAUAUCAACCAGAAUCAAAAAAAUAUAUUGGAACUAAUGAAUGACUUGAAGGUAACUCAAGAGGAAUUGAUGCAUGUGAGAGAAAUCAAGGAAGAAUUAUACAUUGUUCUUGAUGAGUUUAAACAAGCAGCUGAAAGAAGAAUCGAGUUAGAAAGUGAAGAUAAAAACCUGACCCCACCACUUAGACAUCUGGGUCUGGGUCUGGGUCUGGGUCAAUUUCAAAGUCUUAAAUUAAUGACCAACAAUAAUAGCACUUCGUCCACAAGGAAAGAUAGAUCGUCAAUCGUGGUACUUAAGAAAAUUUGGGCCAACGAAUUGAAUUCGUUAUUUAAACAUGUUGAAGGAGCCUCUAAAUUUGUUCAACCAAUUCCUGGAAGACAUGUGUUGGCUGAAAGUGGAAGAUGGUUUGAAGUUAAUAUGGGUACUUGGAAACUGACAAAACCAACUCAUAUAUUUGUGUUAAAUGAUUUACUUUUAAUUGCAAUUAAAAGGAAUAAUAAAGAUGGGAAAUCAAGAUUGACGGCUGCACAAUGCUGGCCAUUACAAGAUGUUAAGCUUAUUGAGGUCCAAUCUGACAAGGUUAGUAAUAAUAGUUCGCAAGCAAAUGGUAAAGUAUAUUUGAUUCAAAUUAAAUCAAAUCAAUCAAGUUAUAUUUACCAAACAGAUAGAAUUGACCAUUAUAGUAAAAUAAUGGAAGCAUAUCAAAAGGGUAAGGAUGAAUUAAUUCAACAAGAACGAAUUAAUGAAACAUCUCAAGCCGAUGAAAAUGAAGGUGCUAGACUGUUGCGUAAAUCUUUAAGAAACUCUGGUGUUCUAGAAAGUCCUUCAAGAGAAGAUAUGGCUGGAUCUCCUCGUUCAGGGUCUCCAUCAACUCAUGUCUUACAAGAUAUUUCAGCACGGGUUCAUUCCCGUAAUAGAUCUUUAGAGUUGAACAAUAGCUCUCCUUAUGCUGACAAUGAUAAGAAAUCAAUAAUUUUAUUUGAAUUGAAAAGAAUUGAUGAAAAGUUUGAUGAAAUUGAUGUUGAAUUGGCCCACAAUAGAUAUAAUGAAUCAGUUGGGUUAAUCAAAUAUAUUGAGAAUAAACUUAAAUCGUUAGAAAAGGAUAUCAAUAUGUUACCUAAAGAUUCACAAAUUGUGGAAGAAAUCAAAUUAUUGGUUGAUGUGAUUAAUUUGAAACUUACUAGUCGUCAUUUUCAAGUUCAACAAUCUCUUGAAUUUGAUUUGGAACAACGUGUUGGAGUAUUGAGUCCCCAAGAAGUGUAUCAAAUUAUCGAUUAUUUCUUUGCCUUUGGAGAGUUACAAAAGGGGAUUGAAACAUAUUUGGAUUCAAUGUCUACAUAUUUAGCUCAAACGAUUUCUCGACUUGUUAUAAGUGUUCAAGGAUCCACAAAGGUUGAUGUUGUUAACUAUCUAUCCAAUUUGGUAAUCAUUAACGUUUGCAUCAUUAAAAGAACCAUUGGAGUAUAUCGAGAAUAUUUUAUUCCAUUACUUAAAAGAGAUAAUGAUCACCACCGCAAUGACUCUAGUGGAUUAAUCAACUGGUGCGUCAAUGAAGUCGGUAAACUUGUUGUUGCCAUUAAGAGACAUUUAUAUGGUACGUUAUUAGUGGCAGGACCCAUUGAUCCCGAUACAGGUGUUCAAAACUAUGAAGUUAAAGAAAAGGAUUUGUUUAAUGAAUUCUUAGAAAUUGUUGUACAACAAUUAAAUGAUUUGAAAUAUGAAGGUGUUAGUGUUGAUUAUAAAUUUGAUGAUUUAUUCAACAUACAGGAGAAAGCCAAUAAUAGAAAGUAUUAA